UCUCCCCAGCAGGACAUAAGGGGGGAGUCUGCAGGGGAGCGCACUCGCGGCCCGCCUCGUACAGGAGAAAACACCGCUCAAAGCUGCACGGAGGAACCUCAGUAAGAAACGUUGCUGCAUGGCCGCGGACCCACCCGGUCUGCGGGAGCAAGAAGCUGUUUGAAUAAUCCUAAACCAGAUGUGAGGUGACUGACACUGUACCCACAAUGGAGGGGGUCAAUGAUGAAGAUUCAUCCGCUGAUCUUUACCGUUCAGGAGAAGACGACACUGCAUCAAUGCAAUGGUCCGACAGCAAUGUCGACAUUCCACACAGCACGUGUGGUAAAGAGACACUAGCAACCUUAUUGGAGGAUCUGGGGUUGGAGCAGCUCUACCCUGAGAAGCUAUCCCUGUGCACAGUACUUCAGAUUGACAAGAAGACCAUCACUGAUGAACCUGUCAAGUGUAACUCAGAUCUACCAUGGUACUUUCUCAAGAAACUGAUGAUGGUUAAUGUCACAGCUAGGAAUGCAAAAUGUACAUCAGAAUGUGAGCCAAACUGUGAUGCUGCAGCAGUAAAGACAGAGUUAGAUUUUUAUGAUCUGUUUGAGGAUCUGAAUUUAGGCGAAGUGCUAAACCCCCUCGACAUAAUCACCGCCCUCUUUCUGUGUUCUGAUGGUUUGGUACGGCAGGAAAUGGCACAUAAAAUGUCCAUGUGUCAGUUUUCUGUGCCUCUGCUGCUUCCUAAUUGUGACACAAAGCAGUGUACACUCAUGCUUUGGGCCAUGAGAGACAUUGUUAAAAAGUACAGACCUCAAUCCCUUACAGAAUCCAAAGGAUUUAUUGAAGACAGAAUUGUUCUCUCUAAACUUCCAAUGAUAUCUUUUGUGAGACUUGGUGAGUGCUCCUUGUCAAAGUCAGAGAUCCUUAAUAAGCUUCUGAGUAAUUCUCAGCAGUACCAUGAUACCUUUGUUCAUCAUGAUAUGGAGUGUGGUGACAGUCCAAGGAGAAUAUCCAAUGGACUGGUUGAAAUCACUUGGUACCUUCCUUGUGGGAACAAAAACAUGGAUGUCUUCAGUGAGCCAGUAGCUGUUGCUAACCUUCGUGGGGACAUUGAUUCAUUUGAAACACAAUUUUCAUUUUUGUGUGAGACAUCUGCAGCAGUUUUUGUGUUCUUCGACACUUUGGACUCUAAAUGUGAGCUGCUUACCAACCAACGACAGAAGGCACAGAUCUUCUUGGUUGGAAACCAUCAAAGCCAGCGCUCCAGUAUGGAUGCUCUAAAAAAGGUAGCGACCAAGUUGGGCUUGACUAAAAGCAACAUCCUUUUAAAGGCUAAACAAAUGAAUGAUGCCGACUUUGUCAAAAAAUUGCGACAGACAGUCAGCAACGUUGUUGAGAACACGAAGAUGAAGAUGGGAAUUGAGCAAAUGGCUGACAUUGCCCAUGAACUGGGAAUCUGGGUUGAUGAAGACUCCCCAGAGUGCCAGACUGCCAAGAAAAAUGCAGAUGCCAUCACCUCUGAAAUUCAAGAUAUCCUUGAAUACAAAGAAUCCCAGCUGCCUUUGCAAGGCCAAAUUUGGAAGGAACUGACUCUCCUAGAGAAGGAAGAAUUUCGGCUUCGAAAUGUUGGGUCUAAAAAAAUAGAAGACUACAAAAGUGAUCUUCAGGAAGAGAAAAGAAAACUUCGGAAACAACAGAACUCUUAUGACAUGUCAAAUGCAAUGACAUGUUUCAUUCAGGCAAUAUCAAGCCCAGGGAUAGAGAGGUGCUACUUCCUGAAAUGGAUGCGAAUAAACCUUGAUAAUGUGUCCCGAAAGAAACUGUCUGAUCUCAGGGAGCAGUACAAAGAAAAAUGCAAAAAUUCAGAAAAUAAAGAAGAAAUUAAAGAAAUUGACAGACAACUUUCCCAAAGCUCAUUGGGGAUUGAACACUUCUUCCGCGAAAUGGGUCAGAUCUAUGAAGCUUCACUUUCCCUUCAAGAAAGAGUUCCAUCACGUCAACAAUUACAGCAUCUGCCAAAACUCUGCGCAGAAUUGUUACUUGAUGGAUUUCCCCUUGAGCUUGUAGAUGGAGAUGCAUCCAACAUUCCUCUCAGGUGGGUUAGUGAGGUUCUUUCUCAGCUCAAUGACCUGAUACCGAAGAGCAAGAUUCUGGUAGUCACCGUCCUUGGAGUUCAGAGCACAGGGAAGUCGACUCUCCUCAACACCAUGUUUGGAGUGCAGUUCGCAGUCAGCAGUGGUCGAUGCACUCGAGGUGCUUUUAUGUUGCUCAUCAGAAUCAAUGAAGAUGUUAAAAAAGUUCUGAACUGUGACUUCAUGGUGAUUAUUGACACUGAGGGCUUAAAGUCACCAGAGCUUGCACAGCUGGACAAUAGCCAUGAGCACGACAAUGAGCUUGCAACCCUUGUGGUGGGGCUGAGUGACAUCACCAUCAUCAAUAUUGCAAUGGAGAAUUCCACAGAAAUGAAAGACAUCCUUCAAAUAGUUGUGCAUGCUUUCCUCAGGAUGACAGAGGUGGGCAAAAAGCCCAAAUGUCAGUUUGUUCACCAGAAUGUGUCAGACGUUUCAGCUCAUGAGAAGAACCUACGAGACAGGAAACUGCUCUUGCAGCAGUUAAACGACAUGACCCAGGCAGCAGCCAAGAUGGAAAAGAAAGAAGAGAGCAGGAGCUUCACUGAUGUGAUGGAGUACAGUCCAGACACUGGGAACUGGUACAUUCCUGGACUCUGGAAUGGAAACCCACCAAUGGCACCAGUCAAUGCAGGGUACAGCGAAGCCGUGUACGAGCUAAAGAAGAACAUAAUCCACAUGUUGGGAAGUUGUAAAUCAACUGCUAAUGACGUAAUGGAGUUCACAGAAUGGAUAGAAAGUCUUUGGAAUGCCGUGAAGCACGAGAACUUCAUCUUCAGCUUCAGAAACAGCAUUGUGGCUGAUGCGUACAUGAGGCUGUGCACAGAGUUCAACAAAUGGGAUUGGGCAAUGAAAAAGUUCAUGUACACGUGGGUUCUGAAUGCCGAAACAAGGAUUCAGAACUUUGGAACAGUUGCUGGGAAAUCUGAGAUAUCUGAAAUGUCAGAAUUUCUCACAGAGUUGAAAAGUGAAGCUCGCAAAGUGCUGUCUGCAUGGGAGACAAAGCUUCUUGAAAAUCUGGAAAAGUACUUCAAGCAAAGAGAGGGCCAUGUCUAUCUAGUGGAAGGAUAUAGAGAGAACUUUGGAAAUAGUGCAAAGAGUCUUCGACGUGAAAUUGAGAGCUCUGUGUUAAAUCAGCUCACAGCAGCAGCUGACAUCAGACAGGGGAUGAGGGAACUUGAUAAAAUCAAGAAGAACCACACAAAACAAUUAGAAGAGAGAGUGUGUGCAUUGAUUGAAGAGUGUCAGAAGAAAAAAGUCCAAAUGACAGAAAAAGAGCUGGACGAAGAAUUUGACAAGAUGUGGACUAAAACAUUGAAUGAACUCUCCUUUUCAAGAAUGGAGGUCAAGGACAUUUACAGCAAUGUGUCUCAACACCUGAGACAAAAUGUAAAGCACAAGGGAAGUCAUGCAUGCAAAUUGUUAAGUAAAAAAAAGCUGCAAGAUUGUGGAAUGGAACCCUUUAACGUAACUGAAGGAUUCUUCAAGAAAGUACAAGGAUGGUUUUCCAGUCACCCAAAGGCUGUCCAACAAGUUGCAGACAGCAUCAUUUCAAUUUGCAUACAGUGUAUAGCUGGAAAAAUGCAAAGUCAAAACAAUUAUCAUGAUACUUACAUCCAAGAGAUUUUGAAUUUGAUCGAUGAGAGGCUGAAAAACCAUCAGGAUGUUACGACAGACAUUGGGUUUGAAGUUUCUCUCAAACAGCACAUCUGUGGAAUUGCAGCCAGAGAGUUUCAGAAAAUGCAUGAAAACUUCAUAGAAGUGAACGAUCCCUACAGAUGCCUGAACCAAAACAAGGAAAAGUUCCUCACGGAUUUUAAAGAUGUCUUCAAUGAACGAGACCAGUGUCAAAAGAAGGCAGAAGAAUUCACGAGGAGAUGCUUGAGGCCUGCAGUCAAAGACUUUGUCAACCGUUCCUUGGGUCCUGAUAUCAUUGGUGAAAUGCUGACGGACCAGAAGUUCAGCACACGAAUGUUCUUCCAGUCUUCAGUUUUAUUGGAUUUGUUAUCCAAGGAUGUCUUUGAGAACUAUCUGAGCUACAUUUGCUCAUAUGAAGAGUAUGUAAAGAAAUGGAUACUGGACCAAAUGGUGGAGCACUUCUCAAACGGCUCUGCGAUGUCAGAGUUUGAGGAUCGACAUCUCCUGUCAAGUAUCAAGAGCAUAAACGAAGCUAUCGACAAAGCUAAAGCCAAAAAGAGUGGCAACCUGAAGUCAUUUGUUCAAAAUGUCUGCCAGGAACUUGGUGAUAAACUGGUCAUUUCCCAAGAUGCUCUUGGUGCUUUCAUGAUCCUGAACAAUGCCGACGAGGAACAGUUUGCUCACUGGCUGACUGGGUGGGUGACGGACAUGGCACAGUUCCUUGGAGAGGAGUUUAAAAAAACAGACAUCUUAACAAAACUAAAACAAUUAAAUGUGAAUCCUCAGAAUGAGCUUUGUGCCAAAAUGAUUGGAUGUGGUAGACAGUGUCCGUUCUGUGCAGCACCUUGUGAGGCAGGAGAAAAAGUCCACUCCCAGCACUUUACCUCACUACAUCGGCCAAAGGCUCUGGGUAGAUACAGGUGGAAUGAGACAGAAAAGCUUGUCACUGACGUAUGCUCCUCUUGUGUGAUCAGUGACACUAGAUUUCGCUGCUCUGACACAAAGAAUGAAUGGCACCCCUACAAGCGUUACGCAGAGAUUUACCCAGACUGGAGAAUUGCUCCAGAUGUAAGCCUUCAGGCUUCAGACUACUGGAAAUAUGUAGUGGCAAAGUUCAACAAGCAGUUUGCCAAAGAAUUCACUGCAAAGCCUGCAGACAUUCCUGUAACAUGGAAAAUGAUUACACGUAAGCAAGCAGAAGCAAGCGUCAAAGUUUCCUUUAACACCAAAUGAGAGACGACAUGCUUUCUGGUUACAGAGGCACACAUCCUCAUACAUUUACAUAAUGUUCUAAUGCACAUGUGUCAAACUCAUAACCCGCGGGCCAUAUCCGACCUGUGAAUGAAUUAUCUUCGGCCCGCAUGAUCAAAUCUAUUUACUAUUAGAGCUGGCCCGCUGGUAUAUUGCACGCAUCACUAUAAUACUACAAAUCCCACAAUGCACUCUGUGUGUCGUCGCGCAUUCGCGGGCCCGCGACAUACUGCUUGUGUCAACUUUCGUUGUGUACCUUAUCAUCGUCCUUUUUACCGUAAAAAACAUACCAACAACUUUUUACUCCGUUAAUUUUUUUGUGGUUUUUCCCAUAAAAUGAAAAUACGAAGCGUAGCCGCUAAACCGGAAGUACGUAGAUUUUCGCAGUAAGAAUCGACACAACCGUCUGUAAUGACAGCGGUUACCAGGGUAACAAGAGGAGAAAAGUUCAUUAAUGGAUAUAAAUAAAUAAUCCUAGUCUGACGGGAUGUGUUAGCAGCAGUAUUUGACUACACUCGCUGCUCUUGGCUCUGAUAUUUAUUGUCCAUGUAUUGUUUUGCUUCAGUGAGCAGAGCAGAGACAGUUUAAGGAGGUCGCAGAGUAAACGGUCCGCCACUGGAGUACAUACGUCCCAACGUCAGCGAACCGUCGAUCGGACCGCCAGGGCCACCCCCCCGUCAGCCGUUUGUGCCGAUCGGCAGUGGCCCGCGUUCCGUCGAAGUCGGCAGUAUCUGGCCCGAACCUGGAAUGAGUUUGACACCCCUGCUCUAAUGAAUAGAUUAGAUCUUACUAAAUUUAAAAGAGCUGAAAAUAUAGUGAGUACACAUAUUUUACGACAACAGCUCAUAAUAGGAAAAUAGAAAGAAAUCAAUGCAGUGCUAAGAUCACACAAAAUAUGUUUAAGUGAUGUUAUGUUUUCUUUUUUAAUGAGGAAAAUUCUAAAUACAGAUAUAUUGAGGCAAUUUAUAUGUAAGAGGCACAAUUCAGAACAUACUACAUGUUUUGUGUUCAAUUUUAGAAUCUGAAAUAAAUGUUUUUGAGGAAGAUGCCAAAUUUUAUUGAAAAGAUGGACACAGUGAAUUAAAUGCCUUGUUGCUUUUGUUUCUAUGACAUUUCCAUCUUAAAUAAUAACUUUUGUUUUGAAACGCCAAUUAGUCAUGAGGUAUUGACAUUCCUUUGAUUAAGUUUGACAUACAAUUGUAGUUGGGAUCUUUGAAUCUUGUUUUUUUAUUAUUUCUGAGAAGUACAUUAAGCAAAAUAUUAACAAUUUCAAUCUCUCAAAACCAUCAGUCUUAAUGUUAACAUGCAUGCUGUUGUUUAGCCGUGCUUCAUAAUCUAAUAAGUCUUUGUUUUCAUUUCUAGUAUCUGGUUUCAACCAUCUACAUAUUUAGGUUCAGGUUUUCCCUUCUAGUUCAAAUGUUCUAUUGUUUUUGCAACAUAUAAAUUUCCAUAUAUUUCUUUUAUUUGAACCAUUCAUUGGGCCUUCAACUAUAAUGACUCGAUGUGCAUAAAACUAUCCAAAACUAAACAUUGUCUCAAAAAUAAUCAUCUGCGAUUAUCAAGUAACAAUAAAACAAAUCAAUAGAUACCAACGAUUCAAUCAGAAGGCCUAAGAUGCAGCUGGAAAACAGCCGUUCUGAGCCACGCUCUUCCUUCACUUCCGGAUUUUCCUUCAGUAUUCAGUCUCCUGACAAGUUACAAGACAUUUCCGGUUUCAAAAUUAAAACGUAUAACACACUGAUUUAACGCUUUUAACAAAACAAUGAAAAUGGGAAAAAAAUAUAUAUUCUCUAUGGGGUCUUGUUUACAAUUAUAGAUAAAAAAAAUGUUUAAAAGUUAUGUAUAUGCUGAAAUUCUCUGAUUCUGAUAUCUGAUUACACAUAUUCAUCAUUGCAAAAUAUAUAUAUAUAUAUAUAUAUAAAUUUACUCAUUUUUUCUUUUCUUCUUCUGUUAAAAUGUAUACUUACCUUUGUUCACCGUAUCAAUAAAGAGACACAAUUGUCAAAGCGGCUAUGAAUGUCUUUAAUGUUUCCCAGAUCGAAAUCACAGCAUACAGUGUAUAAUAACCUCUAAAAUAAAAACAGAAAUAUCAUCACCGCAUUUAUUUAUAUAGUUUAACUAUACCUUUUUUUAAUAAUCAUCUUUUUUUAAAUUCCAUUAUCUAACA